UCUCCGUUACUUCUCGUCACCCUCACAACAUCCCUAGACUUGCUAGUCUCAGCAGUUCAGGCACAGUCCACUCCUUUAGCUGUCCAGGGCCCUGCCUUUGCCAGAACUGCCACACGCUUUUAUAUCCAGGGCGGUCGAAAUGAAGAGCUCUCGUAUGGUCAGUUCUUCUCUCUCGACCUUGCUGUCCCUUGGAACUCUUCUGCCCCUGCAUGGACCCAGCUUAAUGAUGGGCCAAAGCAGUAUGUUUUCCCCGCUGCCUUCUCUGCGGAUCAAAAGACCAUGAUUACCUUUCACUCUGGUAGUGCUGGUUUUGCUUUCCGUUACUCUCUCAUCACAACUCAUUGGACGCCUUCCAAUUUACGUAUCGGUAACACCGAUCGUCAAGGCGUUGGAGCUGUGACAGAUCCCAACACCGGUCUUGUUUACUUGGCUGGCGGCUACACAGACAACACUCGCGACAUCAUGAGCGUUUAUGACUUUUCGACAGAUUCGUUCACGUCAAUUCCGAUGAAUACAACAAUCUUUCAGAGCAGAGCUUACUACGCCAACGUGUGGUGUUCUCGACGGAAGAGUAUCCUGUACUUUGGUGGUUACAACGCCACACUCAGGCCUGUCACUACUGAUAAUGUUGUCACAGAGUUUGUCCCAAACGAAAACAGUUGGUAUACCAUGGUAAAUGACGAUGGCACAUUGGUUAUCGUAUGUGGUGGAAGACCUGUCGCUGGGCCAUUCACAGGCGAUUUGUAUAUUCUGGAUACAAUCAGAGGAAAUGGACUCAAAGGCGCUUCUGGACCUCCAAGGGCCUAUACAGCGUGUACUAUUGCAGGUGAUCAGUUCCUGAUUUGGGGAGGACAGACGUCCGAUGAUGCCGCAGGCCCUGUUGACCUGGGGUACAACGUAUACUCCCCCGGAAGCUUAUGUUGCAGAAAGAGAAAAGAAACAACUUCGUCGGCUCCAGCGCCUACAGGAACCAAUGGACUCAAAGGACCGGAGAAUGAGUCAUCAUCCAGUAAUGCAGGAGCUAUCGCAGGAGGGGUCGUCGCUGCGGUCGCUGUCAUCUGCGGAAUUAUUCUUUUCUUCGUUUUUCGCAAAAAGCAACAUCGUGCCACUCCUAUUCAGAAUCAACAGGAGCAACUUGACUUGCAGCGAAGAUUACUUCAAUUGCAACAGCAACAACAACAACUUCAGUUGCAACAGCAACAACAACAACUACCACAACACCAUUACAGGAUGUUAUCAACCUCUAUUAUUUACUCUGCUGCGGGCGUAUCCAAUCCGAUCAUUGUCUCCGCCGUUUCUCCAAUGUCGGGUAUGCAUGUUUCUCCAGAAUCCAUCAAAGCAGUACCUGUCAGUGGUGGAUAUACCCUACAGGAUACAGCCCAAGCGAAUACUCCCAAGCAUGAGAGCAACUAUUGGGAGGAACGCGCACCUGGCAACCCACAUGCUAUCAUCGAAUCAUAACCUUUUACCCAUUUUCUAUCCUUCUCUCCCAAUCUACGAAUAUGUGUAUACCAUAUCAUAAUUAAUAAUUAUU